AUGACGUCAUGGUAUAGUUUAAACCUCGUUAAGACUCCCCAUUGGUCAGUGCCUACCCCGUUCUCGCUUCUCAAAAUCCUCGUCUGCAGCACUUCGGCGAAUUCUCCUGGUAGUUGUUUAGCUGGGAUCCACUUCAAUGACUGGACUCUCGCUACUCUAGACGGGACUUGGGCCCAGCUCGCAUCGAGGUUUGCCUAUAUGCACACCUCCGCGGCAAUGCGCCCCAGACAGUCCGGGCGAAGACUCAGAGUCACGACUGGUUGCAUCACGUGUCGAUCUCGGCGUGUCAAGUGUGAUGAACGGCGGCCGGUAUGUCGAAAUUGUGCGAAGAAGGGUCGUCCUUGUAAUUAUCGUGACAAGCCACGCGAGACUUCUACCGAUCAAGGGCAUGGGCCUGUGGAUCAGGGGCAUGUCGAACCACUGGCUCAAGCUGCCUCAUCGAUUGGCAGCGACAACACUCAAGUUGUAACAGAUACAGCGAGUUCGCCAUCCAACAUCAGGCCUCGAGUAUCGGGUAUCCCGCCUGAGGCACUAACAAAUCAGAAUCCUGCUCAGUUAACUGGAGAGCAAAACGAACCCAGCUACACACAUACAGCUCGUUCUGAGCGAGCUACAGCCCACAAUGAAAUACAUUCCCUUGAACCAUCACCUGCACCGAACCUCUGUGCUAUUCUCCAUACCAAAUUCCCCGGCCGCUCGCAUCCAUCCAGCCAAGCCAACUCCUCUACAAAUACACCAACAACACAUCAACACCUUGAAGUACCCAUCGACGAGCAUCCCACGCAACGACCAUUCUACGUAACCGAUCCCAUCCAGCUCUCGCCAACAGAAGUCAUCGUCUUCCGCAACUACGUCGAGCGCGUCUCAAAAUGGAUCGACUCCUUCUCGCACGACCAGCCCUUCUACAACAAAGUCCCGUCUCUGGCCCUCCACUGCCCGAUGCUCCUCCACGCCUGUCUCGCCGCGUCCGCUAAACAAAUGACCCGCGCACCACAAUACACAGGCUCUCUCACCCUGGCCACAUCCCCGGUCUUCUACUACCAGCAGGCCCUCCGCGAAAUGAGCCACUUCCUCAUCGAACCAGGAUACUCAGGUAGCGACGAGCUCCUCGCAUCGAGUAUCAUUCUCUCGACGUACGAAAUCCUCGACGUCGCCGGGGACAGCUUCGGCUCGCACCUCAAAGGCGUAGCGAGUCUGAUCCGCUCGCACCGUAUCACCGGCGACGAAGAUGGCAUCCGCGGCGCAACGUAUUGGACCUGGUACCGGCACGAAGUAUGGGUGGCGUUUCAGUCCGGGCGGAGGAUGUUCCUCGACGAGAGGUACUGGAGACCAGGAGACAUGGAGGGUGGGUUUGAGGGGAUAUCGAUGCGGGAUGUUGCGAAUCGCGUGCUGUUUAUUUUUGGACAAGCGGUUUCGUUCUACGUUGCGAGGUAUAGGGCUCCUGGGUCUGAAGCCGAUGUUGAUGGCGAUACUAUGACGCGGGAGGAGUGGGAUGCAAGGCAGAGGAAUAGGGCAAGGGAGUUACAGGAUGCGUUGGCGGAUUGGGAGAGAAGGCUGCCUGCUUCGAUGAGGAUAUGCUUAAGACAGGACCAGGGACAGACAGGUACUGGUGCAGAUGCAGGACACAAGAUCAACCAGUUCCCAGCUCUCUGGUUCGCGUAUCCGGAAAGUGCAGUCUCCCACCAACUACACCACGCCUCAAAAAUCCUCCUCUUACUACGCACGCCCACCCUCAGAAACGACGACGACCCAUUCCUUACCCGCCGUGAACUAGAAAGCUCUCGGCGCGAGAUCUUCAUGGUUGCCAACUCGCAGAUCAAUCAGGCGUGGGGGCUCAUCUCUACGCAAUGUCUGUAUGUCGCGGGGUUGGUAACAGACGGGAUCCUGGAGCGAGAGUGCACGCUGGAGUUGAUUGAGACGUGCCAGCGCACGACUGGGAGACAGACGGUUUGUAUUGCGGAUCAGUUGAGGGGGUUUUGGGAGUAG